UCUUCCUGAUGGUUAUGCUGGAUUCUGUCGCUAGCAAGGGAAACACCUUGGCUGCACCUACUCCUCACAGUUCGCGACACCAAUUCCUGCGUUGCUUUCGACCGCUUCACAUCCUUUCGAGCGCGUUCGCCCUGUGGCCGUUCAGCGUGACGCUGGACGGAUGGACGAAACCCAACGGACACGGUGGAUCCACCGGCGCUCUGUUCACUCGCUGGAGCAUACUGUACGUGGUGGCAAUCGUGACGGCGUACAGUGCGUUCCAUCUGUACAUUAACUACACGGAUGCUUACGGCAUUACAUCGCACGACGAAGCGACAGCCAACGCCAACGCGCAACAGACCACCGAGGCCAACUUCGUCUCGAUAGUGAUCGACAUCUACAAUCGGUACUCGGGAUUAAUUCUGUUCUGGUUGCUGCAUACCGUUGCGCUGGCCACCCAGCGCUCACUGGGUGCGAUCGUUGCUGGCGUGCUGUCGAUUGACGAGCAAAUUGCCCAACGAUUGUCACUGGUGCCAAACCACGUCCAAUGGUGCAGAUUUAUCUGCCUGCACGGUGCGUUCAUAUUUCUCGCCAUCGGGUUUUCCGAGUGGCACAACUGCAUCAUGUACAUGAGCGAUUUCAUCCCGGCGUCCGAGUACUGUGUCUUCGAGUGCUUCAUCACGAUGCUGACCAGCUCGACGGUGGAAAUUCAGUACGUGGCCUUUGUGCGGUUGAUUAAAAACCGUCUCCAGCUGAUCAACGAGCUGCUCGUCGAGCUGACCGCGUACAGCAGCAGCAGCAGCAGCACCACCGAUGAGCAGCAACCCCAUGACGAACGUUUUCGACUUGAGAAGCUCGACCCGAAAGGUGAACAAACAACACCGACCACCACCGGCCAAUUGCUGGCCGAAAUCACUUCAUCAUACCCGCGGGCCCAUCAAUCGCAAUCGCUGUCCGGUAGGCCGGCCGGGAUCAACCGACCAAACGCCCGAAACGAACCAUCAAUCCCCCGGGGCGAUCGGCGAUGGCAUAAAAUCAAGCAGAAGCAUAAAAUAAUUACGGUCGACCAGGCGCCUCCAUCGCGCACGCAAAGACCGUGCGGCGGCGGCGGCGGUACACUGCCGGGCCAAUUUCCGCUGCUCGUGGCCAGCCUGCUGAAUGCACAGUCGAAACCGGGUGUACACAUCAGAAUGAAAAUAAUUAAUGACAUAAAAAAUUUAUACACACAUUUGCAUUUAUUAUCGCUGAAUAUUAAUAAAGCGUACGGGGCGCAGUUGAUUUUCAUCCUGCUGACGCUGUUCGUAACGCUCACGACGCUGCUCUACUACUGCACGAUGAAACUUUUUCGAAUACUCUGGAUGGGUCAGUGGGCAACGUCGAGCGAGCUGAUGGCAAACUUCUGGCCGGUCCUGAGCACGCUCUCGUGGGCCUGCAUAUCCACAUUUCGCAUCCUGCGCAUCUGCAACGUGUGUAAUUCGGCAAAAAACGAGGCACAAAAAAUCGGCAGUCUCAUACAUGGACUGGGCUGGAAAACAAAUUGUCCCGACACACAAUCGAUGGUGCGUAUACUUUCUCUGCAGCUGCAGCAGCAGCGAAUCGAGUUUACCGCCGGCGGCCUAUUCACCAUCGAUCAUGGGCUAAUGUUUAAUAUAGUCGGUUCGCUCGCCACGUACCUACUGAUAUUGAUACAAUUCGAUAUCGCCCAAAACGGGGCCAGGUGGAAGGCGGUGGACCAACAGCCGGCGACCAAUGGAUCCACCGCACCGAGAGAGCUUUCGUAGACACAGGAACACUGGAGAUGCUACCAUUGCCUAUUACCACCAGCUCCACCACCACCUGUCAUCGUGAUAAACGAUGCCAAGGAUCAAAGCACCAGCCGCAUCGGAAUUCAUAAUCCAUCCAGCAGGCGUCCAACCAAACCCCCCUGGAUAUGCAACAUCGGCUCCGUUUUGUUGUUUGUAUCGUACCGUAACUAUUUGCUGUCCGUGCACAGAUAUGCUCGGUGCGCGCCUUUACCGCGUGGGGAUAAGAAGCGUAAGGACCACGCAUCCUGCCGUCAAUGCGCAACGAGCGGCACCACAAACCAAUGAACAUUGUGGUGGAUUUAAUCUCGAUGAUAAACGUUUGACCUGGCGUUCGUGUUGGCUUUCAUCUCGCCAUCGGGAUCGGGGAUGCUAUUGAUAUUCUCUGGAGAGCCAAGUUCCGCUGCCGGAUUGUGCACGAGCUGGACAAAUAAAACCAAGUCAGCGAGCUAGAAGUUGCAGGGUGGCACCGGCGGCAUCGUGAAGGAGGCGCCCAGUGCUUCUAGCGACACCAAUUUAUGGGGUAUGUUUUGAAGCAGUUUUCCAAAUACUUUGAUUUGGCAAAGCGGUUUCAAGUUUGUAUGAUCAUUGAUUUAUAAUGAGAAAGAAUGCAAACAAAGCAAGUUUUAUGGUAUAAUCAAUUCAAAAAGUUUUUCUCCUGUCCUUAUAACAAUAUUUCGAGCUGCAACGUUGCCUUCAAUCUCAAAUCAAAUAAACCUGUUUGUCGUUACA